AUGAUGCUCUCUUGCCGCAAAGUAAAGCCGUUUACUGUAUCAACAAUAUGUUAUAAAGAUAUAACUGAUUACAAAACUUGGUGGCCCAAAUAUUACAAAAAAACUUGUCAAUCUUCAGAUGAAAUAAAAUCCAAAUUUACACUAUCAAAUUACAGGCAGUUUACUUAUGAUAGUUCUACACCUGGAUACCUCAUCACUAGCGAUUAUAUAGGAGGAUUUGUGUCGCAAUGUUUUAAAUUAAUCAAACCUAAAGCCAUGCCAACUUUACCAACUAACCCUGCAUAUUCAAAGACAUUACCAAUAAAUAUAAAGAAAAUUGAUAAUCUAAAAAAAGUCCUGCAAUAUAUGUCGUCAGAAAUAUUGGAAUUCUAUUACCAUAUUACUUCAUGGGAAACCACCAACGCUGAAUGUGAGGCAACUGAGGCGGACUAA